UUUCGAACAUUCGAUCGUCCGUGUCACGACGAGGCGUUCUAACUUCAAGUCUGAAUUCAGUGUCUGUUUGGCAGUAGAGGUGAUAUUAUUGUUCCUCUAACUAUCUAAUGGAACAUAGUUCCUUCGGAGUGUCUCUGUUAAAGUCAAAGAUUAGCCACAAGCGCGACAAUUGUCGUAAACAGCAAAUCCUGUUGCUGUUAUUAUGCUGCUUAAACGAAUCAUCGAAGGAAAGUCGAUGUUGAAUGCAGAUGUCGGGAAGGACAAAUCUCCAGAGAAAUGUUCUAGAAGAAAUUCGGAAUGCGACGGUUGUGGGCAACAUUCUACUAUUCUGGAGGAAAUGAUGAAAAUGGUUAUUCUUGGCGUGGUAUUAUGGGCAGGCGUGACCUUUGGAAGCCACGUCGCACCUUACCCCUUGAAUCUCAUCACUCUCACAACAGAUAUAUACCAUCCCCCUCCGAUGUAUGACUUCCCAUUUCCGAGCGCAACAAUGUUGAAGAAGAUACCACCAGUAACAGUUGCUCAGACUAAUAAGUCUAUUGAUAUCAGCAAAAUGACAGUAGCAAUGCUUCAACGACUGGAAGAGAAUCUGAACCUUGCAGGAGUGAAACCAAAGUCGGGAUCUCCUGCUCAGGCGUUGGCAAUAGCUGGUCUUCCGUCUAACGACGCAAUGAAAUAUGAAAAGUCUUCAAUGAUGAUAUCGAAAGCUUCACUUAAUCUUGUCUGGACGCGAUGUAUGAGAUACGGUUUGCCCAUUGAUGAGUGUGCGAGCUUCAUCAGUUCUCUGAACUUGCGCGAGAGUGAGUUCGGAGGAGAAUGUGCGCAGUUAGAGAGGUUUACGUGCCGGAGCCACAAAAUGUCGUCCAAAUAUCGUACCUUCGAUGGCUCGUGCAACAACCCUGUCCGGUCUUCAUGGGGACAAGCUUUGACUGGUUACAAAAGGCUUCUGCAUCCAAGAUACGCUGACGGCAUCGAAGAGCCACGGCGAGGAACGAAUCAUAUUGAGUUGCCGUCAGCUAGAUUGGUGAGCCUGAGAGUGACAGACAAUUUGGACGUUCCUAGCAACAAGAAAACAAUGGUGUUGGCUGUUUGGAGUCAGUUUGUGUAUCACGACUUGGUUCAUACGCCUGUUAGAAAAACAAUUCACACCAAUGAGGCGAUUCGUUGCUGCGACACCUCGGGUUUGAACCUGACUCCACGUUACAUCCAUCCAAGUUGUAUGCCGAUCUCAGUGCCUGAUGAUGACACCUACUUUAACGAGAAGUACGUCACUUGCAUGGAGUACACUCGGUCGGUGACUACGUUCAGAGGGGACUGCACAUUUGGUGCUUCUGAACAGAUGAAUCAAGCUACUCACUUCCUCGAUGGCUCUCACAUUUACGGCUCGAACAGCCGUGAUGCUGCCGCCCUGAGGGAGAAGACUGGAGGGCUACUGAAGACCUCGAGUAUUGAUGAUGAAGAACUGUUGCCUUUGGCUUCCAAUCCAUCUGAAAAAUGCCUGGACGGGAAUACGGCGUGUUUUAAUACUGGGGAUGUAAGAUCAAACAUGCACCCAUGGUUGACUGGGAUACAUGCAUUGUUCGUCCGGGAACACAACCGUGUGGCGCGAGCCUUAGCUGCCAUCAACCCGGGCUGGAACUCUGACAAGCUGUACCACGAGGCCAGGAGAGUCGUGAUAGCCGAGUUACAGCAUAUUACGUUCAAGCAGUGGCUGCCCGCGCUUACUGGUAAAUCCUUCGAUGAGAUGUACGAGAGUUACGACUUAGGCUACAACUCGGACAUAGACCCGACGAUCACCAACUCGUUCGCGACCGCAGCUUUCCACUUCAUCAACAGUCUCUUCGACGAGGACAUACAGUUGGUCGAUGACAAUAACUUGGCCUCACACCGUCUCGCAGACAAUUACUUCAAACCGGAACUGGUCGCCAAGAGGGGCGGAAUAGAGAAAGUGCUUCGGGGUAUGGUCAGUCAAAAAGCCCAGAGUAUGGACCUUAAUUAUGACAACGAUCUGCGUCACCGAUGGCUGGGAGGGUUGGACGUAUUAGCGAUAGACAUACAGCGCGGUAGAGACCACGGCUUGCCCGGCUAUGUGCAGUACCGGACCCUGUGUGGCAUGACCAUGGCCUCCACCUUCUCCGAUCUCACUGAUGUCAUACGGAUAGAGACGGUUGAGAAGCUUUCGGAAGUAUACGAGCACGUGGAAGAUAUAGACCUGGUGGUGGGCAUGAUGGCCGAAUCUCCGCUUCCCGACUCUAUGAUAGGGCCUACCGCUACAUGUUUGAUCCGUGAGCAGUUAUGGCGUACCCGCACCGGCGACCGCUACUUCUACUCGCACCCGACAGAGGCGGGCAGUUUCAGCAGCCGAAUGCUCGCCGAACUUCGUCGCGCGUCGCUCGCUCGCUUGCUCUGUGACAACCUCGACAUUACAGCGAUCCAGCGGGACGUGUUCCACUCGCCUUCAGACAGUAAUCCGAUAGUGUCCUGUGACGCUAUAAAACGCAUCAAUCUGGAGGCCUGGCAAGACCCUGCCCAGCAACCAGACAUCCUGACUCGCACCAACGCCUGGCUCAAGAACAAAGUUGGCAGCACCAACUCCACUAAAUAGACUGAAUUAUAUCUCGACUUAAUUUUAAUAUGUUUACUCAGAUCAAGAUUAUAGACACAACGGUUGAUUUGAUCUUGUGAUGGGUUUUACGGUCCUUAAUAUAAUGUUUCCGUGUUUAAGUUUGAUGCACGCCACGGUCAAUUAGUCAUUCGGCAUAGUUUAAGUCAAUACUUAUAUAAUAUAUGAUAUUAUUUGAUACUAAAAUAUAUUAACAAACUAAAGGAAAAGGGAGGGUGUUUCGCGUUUUAAUGACAAACUGGUGCAAAAUAAUCGCGUGAUUAAAAAUACAAUAAGAAUGAAGACAGUGUUUGUAACUUCAAACUCGUAAACGUAAAAAAACGUUAAGAACUGUCAAAAUGCGACCCAAUUAGUAGGCUUUCGACUCACGUAGUUCGGCUCAUACAACGAAUAUCUGCUCCUUUUUAUUAUUAUAUCUGUAUAAUAUAUCAUUAAUAUCGGUAAAAUUUUAAUGAAAUCAAAACAUUUCAAAGCCAAUAUUGAGUCUUUUGGCUAAAUGAUGAAAGUGUGUUUCAAAGAUAAGAAUUGCAGUGCUACCAGAUUGACUGAUAUAAAAUUUUAAUGACACAGAUUUAAAAAAAAAUUGGUAGUAUUGUAUUAGUUACUUAAGUUAUGUUACUUAUGUGUGAUUUAUGAGAGAACCGUAUAACGCUUUAUUUAUAACUGUUUGCUAUCCAUUAAUCUUUGCAAUAGUUUUAUGUGCAAUGAUCAAUAAAUUUAAUAUACCUAUAUAGUUAGCAAUGCGUCAUUAUACCGAGGGCCUACCAUCAACUUUUAAUAAGCGAUGCAAAUCCAAUGCAGUUCAGUUUAGGUAGCCAAACUGAAUCACUAAAAUUCGUACCGUAUUCGGAUCGCUUAUGAUGAAUGAACGAAAUAAAAUUGCGUUUCGAAACCUAAAAUGAUAUAAUUUUAGCGGUUAGCGGCGUAGAAAAUACUAAAAAUACAUUUUAAAAUUGCGCAAUUGCAUCAAAUUAUAAACCAUUAAGCCCUUUUUUAUACUUAUUAAAUAAUAGUAAUAUAAAUAAAUAUAGUUCUUUGAAUUACAAAUUAAAUGUGUUUACGUAAAAAUAACGAGUUAUGAACGCAUAUCAUUGAUGUUUGAUUUGACAGGACCGCAGAGUACAUUUUUUUUAAUUCGUUCUUGCGAACAGGCUAUAGCCCGGGCCCUUACUGCCUACUUAGUAUUUUCAUUUUUGGUAUUUAUUUUCAGUAUUUUGUUUUACAAUAAAGUCCUAUAAAGUAUUCUCAUCUCAUCUUUAAUCAAUAAAAAUUUUCUUUUCUUUGUUUUCACUAUUUUUUUAAAGUUAUUAACAACACGAUUCACUUUCCUCUAAGGAAGUAGCAACUUUUUUCGAAUCGGUCACUUUGACAAAUAAGCUAUCCAGUUUAGGUUGAAAUAACACCUCAUGGUACGAAUGAAUGAACGAACUAAAUCAGUUUGCGAAAUUCAAUUGACAUCAUUGCGAUUAAAUCAGUUGAUUUGACGUCAACCUAAAUUAGAUAGCUCUAAUCACGUCGUGGUACGAAAUAGCAAAGCAGUUCAUUUUAGGUUGUCAAUUGAAUCGCAAUAAGAGUUCAUGGUAGGCCCGCAGAUCUCAAGUUAACGCGCACAACUUAUAGCCUCCAAAUUAUAUGCAUUUAGGGACGUGAAAAUAUAUUAUUGCAUUAAUUUGUAUAGGAUUAACAUUAUAUUGAAAAUCCAAAAUAUUAAUAAUAUGAGGUAAAAAUAUAAAAUUUGUCAAUUACUAUUUACAUGUCUUACCCAUUUAUAAUAUUGUGUGUAUUUAAUAUUAAUUAUAAUUUGAGUGUAAAUUGUAGGCUUGGGACCGGUUUUCAAUUUAACUGCUAAAAUAAUUUCGUGUCUGUUAUUUCGUUUGAAGUGUUUUAAGGGAGUUGUUGUAUAACUUUUAUUCACCGGUUAAUUCGGUAGUAAGUAUUACGUAAAUAUCAUUAAAAUGGUAACUGUGCUCUGACGUCUGAAUCGGCGAUUGAAAAACCGUUCUUAACCGGUUUAUUCAACAAACUUUUAUAAAAACCAUAAUAUUAAGUCGAAGGCAGAUCAAAACUGAAUGUUUUCUAUACACUUCAACCGGUUUGAUUUUUUAAGUUUCCAAGCCUCGUUGUCGGUAAUUUACUUCUUCUCUUUCUUGAUUAACGUUUUAGUGAUAAUAAAAUAUUUUAAGAAUGGGUGAUUCAUAGAGAAUAGUAUUAUGAUUCAGUUACAGCGAAUAAAAUGUUAAAUGAUGAUGUCUAAUGAUUAUUGGCUUUAGGAGUCCUGUACGUCCCAGAGUCCCUUGACGUGGACGCCAUUGAUGUGGCUGUGAUAACCUGAAGUAGAUUAGACAGUCUGUUCCCAGAUACAUAUGUUAAAAGCUCUGGGGAAAUCUAGAUAGUUAUACAGUAUGGAUUUUGCAUAUAUGAAAUAAAUGUAGCUAUAUACUUAUUAUCGCAUUUGCUGACGAUACACAAAAAAUGUACGAAAUCGGUGCAAGACUUUUAAUUUUGAGCAAAUAUGAACGCACUGUAGAAUUUUUUCACAAGGUAAAUGAUUCAAUGAACUUGAAUCUUUGAAGAUCAGAAAGCGACGUUGCCGCCCCGCGCGCUUCAAGUACGUAGUCGCUGGUCCGUUCAUGGGACAGAUUUAAAGCGACGUUGCCGUCUGUUUUCUUCUCGCUCUGGCCACAUCUUGCGGUUACUUCAAAAGCUGAAAUCGUGCAUCGCUCCAGAGGUCAAUGUACGUUGUCAGUACAGACUAGAGAGAGAGAGUUUAUUCUUUCUAAAUUUAUUUAAAUAUUUUUUUUGUUAGAAAAUUUAACUUUUUCAAUUUAAAGUUUUUAAUUACAUAAUUAUUUUUGCGUUAAUUCUAUGCACUAGUAUUACAUAUAUUUUUAUUUAUUUCAUAGAUAUACGAUCCAUACUGUAUAUCAUGUAUUCGUAAUGCUAAUAAAAAACAUCAUAGAUUUAUUCAUGCAUUAAUGGUAAAUAAAAUUGAUUUAUAUGUAUUGGAUGUUAAGAAUACGUUUAUUAUUUAAUGCCACUAUUUAAAAAAAAAAUGUGGCGUUUAAUAAAGUACUUAGUGACUAGUACAAAUAAUUUAUGUAGUUUUCACGACAAGUUCACUUUUUGUAAUGCCAUUAUUGUAGCACAAUAAAUGUUUUAUGUUUGAAACAACUGCCUCAUAUGAAUUAGACUGUUUAAUAUUAAUAAUAUAUUCUUGAAAUUCUAUAGAUUGAUUAUAAUACUAUUUGUGAAUGUUUAAAAUAAAAAUGUAAAAACAUUUUGUUUAAUUAUUUGUAAAGAAGUAUCAUUUGUGGUCCAUUUUUUAACUCUUGGUUUCUUUUUACUUUAUAAUUGAUUCAAUGAGGCUUUCUAAAGAUUGAAUGUUAAAAAUGCACACAAUUUAUUUAUAAAAAAAAUAACAUGUUAACGCGUCUCCCUAUAAAGCUAUCAAAAUUUUAUAUUAAGAGUGAUUAUCCAUGUUUGACGUAUAAUGACGUCAUCUUUUGAUUCAGUUCUAGAUAUUAUUUUUUCUUUUUUGUAACGAAAAAAAAAGAUAAAAGAUUUAUUAUUUAAUUAUCAAAGGCUAUUAUUAUUCUAUCUUGCAAUGAAUAUUUUUUACAAAAAGAGACAACAAAAACACUACGCAAUUUAAUAAAUAAAUCAUUAUGUAUAUGUAAUAUAUAAUUGGAUGAUAGUGUAUGUGUAUGAGAGCGAUUCGGAAUAUUUUUUCGUUAUCUAGUGCCUAAUAUAUUAUUGUGAUUGUUUUCUGUAUAAUCAGGGUAUCUUUUAUUUACUUAUUUGAUAUACAAAUACAAUUUAUCAAUCUGAA